AUGGCCGAAGAAAAGGAGAACUUCCAGGAGGUCUCCUCAAAUGCUAUGAAGUUCGAGGACUUACAUGAGUUUUCAAAUAUAUUCGCUUCCGAAUUUAAUAACAACAGCAUACACGACCGUGUACUAUGUUUUGAAAUCCUUGAUUGCGAAGACUCUGUGAAUGAGAAGGCUGAGACUUUACUUCCUUGCGAUAGUGAAACAAUACCAACCAAUUGCAAACCAGUAGAACUGGAGACUCAAGUGGACAGCUCAGAAUGCGGUGAUCAAAGUGACGAGAAACAAACAUGCAUUGAUGAAUCAAAGAAGAGUGUCAAGACAGCCAUCGAGGAAAUGUCACUCAUGAGUGGCAUGAAGAAAGGGCCAGAUUAUGCAAAGGAAGAUUGUGAACGACCAUGUAAAGAAGAUGACAGUAAAAUAUCUGAGGCUGCCAUUGUUGAGGAAAAGAUAUUCCUGAAAAAAUUAUAUGUUCACAGCCAGUGGCUAGCAGUUCAGAGUCCAUAUUUCAAGGCACUUUUCUAUUCUGGCAUGAAAGAAAGUUAUACUAAAGACGUAGUAAUGAAGGUCCAUGAAAAUGAAAUCGAAGCUCAUACAACUUUAAUUGAAGCGAUGUACACGCUUGAUGUUCUCAAUGGCAAAGACCUACGUCUUGUUGUGAAAACUUUUGUCCUUGCAAACAAGUAUGAUGUAUCGUUUGUGGCUAAGAAAUGCAAGUAUGUUAUGUUGUCAUCAAGAUUAGAUAUGGAGACGUGUGAAUAUAUUCUUGAAGAAAUAGAGAAUCUGUCAAACACGGAAGAUUUAUUUAAUAUGAUUGAGCAGUUCCUUGUGGAAGAAUUUACCCCAAUUGACAAGACGUGGACGAUGGAUAAGUUUUCGACAUUGUCUGAGGCGUCCCUAAAGCUUCUUUUAAGCAGCGAUAGCUUGGCCAUACUCUCUGAAAACACAAUAUUUGUUGCAUUGAUGAAAUGGGUUGACUUACAUGUGCCGCGUUAUGAACGCGAUAAAUGUGAUCUGUUAAAGGUUGUGAGAUUUCAGUUUAUGUCUGUCGAUUUUUUAUAUGAUGUUGUACAGCAUCAUGUCGUGGCAAAACAAAUGCGUGGAUUUAACUCGUACGUUUGGAACGGUUUAGCAUAUCACGGAUUUUCGCACAUGCGACGAGAAAAACUCGAAGAUAAACCAAUAGAACGACCGAUCUUACAAGAGAAGGAUCCCACGUUUUCUUGGAAGGUCGAUGAAGAACUUGACAAGAAGUUAUCGAAUUCUAGAGGAAAAUCCAGUUAUUCAACUAUGUUUUGGUUUAAAGGAUAUAGCAUGGAACUCGAGCUAGCUUAUCUAAAUGAUUCCAAGCAUUGUAGAUUUUAUCUUCGUGUCCUUCACAUGAGGAAAGGUGCAUAUUUGAAUCUCAGUUGCACAGCCAAAUCAAAUUUAUUUGCUAAUAGGUCAAUUCAGAUAAAACAAUUAUUCACCGACGAAUCCAACGCUUGGGGAUACCAAAGUUUGAAACGGAGUACGAUUCCAUUGGGAAAAUUCUACACAAUUGAUGUCUGGAUGAAGUCAGUUUAA